CGUCCACGGCAUUAUCGAGUUUGCGCCGGAACGUAACGGAUGUAACAUGUGGCUGACGGCGUUUUUCCUGGCGUCUGCCGCUGUGUUUGUAGAUGCUGAAUCUGCUUGUCCGCACGAGGACUCGAACCUGAAAAAAAUUUCUACACUUUAUGAUUCUUUUCCGAAAGAUUUAGCAAUUGUGAUAGAUGAGGACGUUCUUCUUGACGUCACUGAGCUCGACGUUCAUUCUAUCGACAUCAUAGGUGAAGGUCGCCUCGUUUUCAACCAGGGUCACGAUAUCUCUAUUAAAACACGAGGAAUCUACGUGAAAAAUUUCGGACAUCUUAUAAUUGGAAGCGAAACAUGCAGACAUGAAAACGAGGUUCAUAUCCAGCUUGAAGGAGAUCGGACGGUGAACCGCAAUUUGUUGGGCAUGCACGGUGAGAAGUACAUAGCAGUAAGUGACCACGGCACACUUCAGAUCCAUGGUGAGGACAGGCUGGCAUGGACAAAGUUGUCCGGCACGGUAGACCGAUUUAAUGCCAACAAAGACAACGUUCAUUUUAGACAUUUGGAUACAGACAAUGCUGAUUUAAAAAUGUUUCAAACUGGAUUCGCUGUGCAUAUUCUUGAUUCCGACUUGAAGUUUGUAUUUUAUGAUGUAUUUGUCACGAUAAGUGCUGCGAGAAGAACCAAUAAACAUUUGAUCAAAAUGGCAGAGAAACUAUCAGAAGCAGGAGAUGGUUCAGUAAUAGCCAUAUCAGUGCAGAAGGAGUUUAUAAGAUCUGAAGAUGUGGACUUUGAAACAUUUUUCGAAAUCAUUGAAACAAUGGCUGGAAUGGCAGAAGGGGAACUACUUUUACGUGUUCAUGAACAAUAUGACGCGUUUUCAAUGGUGUUUGUUGUUGGGGGAGACAAUUAUGCACAGUCGCUGGAUAGACAAGUUGGAAAAACAUAUUCUGAAGCAAUGUCAUCUAUAACUUACAAGAACAGGGUGAUAGCAUCUGUUUCCAGGCUAGUGCCUUUCCGAGUUCUCGAUUCAUUCAUUGAUUUAAGAGUUCUAAACCCUGGUGUCGGGUAUCCGGAAGUGACGGUCACACAUGAUAUCAGUUCCUGGAAAGCAGGAGACCAGGUUCUGUUAACUUCAACAGAUUAUGCCUUCAAUCACGGAGAAGUGCGAACAAUCAAACAAAUAACCGGAAAGAACUCGUUUAUACUAUCAAACGAGCUUCAGUACCGCCAUUUUGGUGAAAUUGAAAGUGGAGUUGAUAUGCGUGGGGAAGUUGCUCUUUUGUCAAGGAACAUCAAGAUUUCCGGUGUACAGAAGAGAGGCUGCCCAGCAGAGAAUGGAUAUUGCGAUGUAGUUCCGAGACAUACAGACGCAUACGGAGGACAUAUUAAAAUUAUGAACUUUAGUUCUGUAGUGAUACAAGGAGCUGAGUUAUUUUUCAUGGGACAAGCUAGGGACGAAGGGUUUUACCCAAUACAUUUUCACAUGUGCGAAGACAUAACUGAGAAAACAGCCAUUAUCAAGCGAAAUUCAAUUCACCAUACAUAUAGAAGAGCUAUAACUAUACAUGGAACUUUUGGAACCUCUGUAGAAAAGCCCGGCGUUCAGCUAUAUGAGAAUGUAGCAUUCAGUGUGUUCGGUCACACGUACUUCCUGGAAGACGGAGCUGAAAAAGCCACAAUAUUUCGAGGAAACCUUGGCGCCGAAACAAGAAAAAUAUCAAAUGACUUCGACACGGAUCGCGGAAAACCAACCACCUUCUGGAUUACUAAUCCUAAGACUUUAAUGGUUGACAACGUUGCUGCAGGCUCGGAGGGUUUUGGAAUCUGGUACACGUUUCCAAUUGAACCAGUUGGUCCAUCAGAAGGUCUGGCAUACGAAUUAGACGAAGCGAAACACACAGCGUUGUGGACUUUUGAUAACAAUGUGGUUCACUCUAAUCAUCUGGGAGGCUAUAAUUUCGACUUCAUUAUGAAGAACGAAGAUGGAGAAGUAGCAGCGUGUAUGAAUUAUGAGACGAGGGAAAAUCCAUUCGACGACACAUCACCUGGGGUCAAAGUUCAGCUAGAUAGACUCACAGCUUAUAAGAAUAGAGAAAUCAACGUAUGGCUGCGGGGAGGAUGGUUCGAACUCUAUCAGCUGUCGUCUGCAGAAAGUAAGAAAGGUCUACAACUAGCCAGAGGAAGUGACCAGGCUAUGUAUGUAACAAAAAGUAUUUUCCUCGGUCUAUCAACGAAGAACAAUGAAGAUCAGAGCUAUCCAGACGCUCUGUUACCAUCAGAACUUGGACAGGUCCUUGGCACAGUGUUUCACGACGGUCCAACAUUCUUCAGGAAAUGCUGGUUUGACGGUUUUAAAUACAACGAAUCUUAUAUCACAGGGGCGAUUGGAUUUGCACCUAAAUUUAAAACAGAUACAUCCGUUACAAGCAGUGUAGCUGAUAUGAGAUUUGGUUUUGUUGAUGGGGAAGGUGGUAUUCGUGUUACUGAUGGUCUCUCGGAUGACAGUAUUCAAGGUGUAUUAUCUGUAGACAUGCAAGAGGCUUCUACAUUCCGUGACGUAGAUGGUUCAGUCACACGUUGUCCUUCAGACUCCGAAUGGAUAGGACCUGUACAGGUUAUAAAACCCGAACCAAACGUCAUUACCGAGAACUGUAAGCUCCGGGAAAAUUGGAACAUGGCUAUUUGCGAUGAUCUAAAUGGCAAGCUGAGGAUGCAAGCUACGGGAUUUUUCCCAGGAACAAGCAGAGAUGAUUUCAAUUUGUAUCAAGGACAAGUGAGACGGCGUCGUUUUGACGAUGAUGAUGACAUAUCCGCCGAACAUGCUGACGUCAUGUUGAAGCACCGAUUCACGACAAUAUUUGGGGAAAAUGAAUUCUACUAUGAGUUCCAGUAUAUUGAAGAUUUCCCGAAGAAUUUACGAACAACAGGCUUAAGCGUUGAAAAGGGAAAGUCUAUAGUCGUCGGAAUUUGUCUGCCAGAGGGUGUUGGUAAAGAUGAUUUUAGCGUUUUUACAACAACACCAGAUGAUAUUGUAAUGUCACGUAACGAUCUUAAGUAUGUUGACUCCUUAGACGAGGUUGCCUCUGAUAUUCGAAUGCAAAAACUGUACCUUAAGGAUAGGAUGUUGUAUGUGCGUAUUAGCUCGAAAAAAGUUCGUGAUCUUAAUUGGGACAGGGAAGAUAACGAUCAUUGUGCAGGCGAGUUCUGUCCAAAAAUAACCAUAGUGAUGAAUGAAAGAUUUGAUUACACUCCAUGUUUCACAGUUACAGACGAUCAGUUGAAUGACAAAAUUUCUUUGGAAGAACACAGCUGCACGCUCCCAGCUUCGCUACCAGAUCCGGAUUGGGGAGCAAGGGACACUCUGGCUUCGGAGGACGGAAGUUGGGGACAGUGGAGUGGGUGGUCCGAAUGUUGCAACGAAGCUGGAGGUGAUAUAGUCCAGACAACAAGGUAUCGACUAUGUGACGAUCCUUCGCCACGUGCUUCCGGUGCCGAUUGCAAGGGUGAAAGUCUGCAGAGCAAGCCGUGUGCAAACGGGUGCCCUGUUGAUGGCGAAAUGACGGGUUUAUCAGACUUCUCGGAUUGUUUCUGUGACGGCAUUGCUGAGGGGUCGUCAGGAGUAAGGUCUAAGGUCCAGGAAUGUGUGAAUGCGGCUAAUGGAGGCCAUUACUGUAAAGGAGAUUUGAUAAGAUAUGCCGCAUGCAGAAAGGCUUGUGGAGUUUCGAAUGAAAAUUCAGUUGACGGAACAUUAACAUCGUGGAGCGAGUGGACAGAUUGUUUUUGUGGGGGAAUAGCUGAAGGAUCACGUGGGGCAAGUACAAGAAGCCGUACAUGUGAAGGCACUGCAAACUAUGGCAUGUUCUGCGUAGGCGAAUUUGAAGAGGUGAGACCGUGUGAUGCAGACUGCUACCCGGAUCAGUAAACUAUAUAUAAAGUCAUACCAAUGUCAAAAAAAAAAUCACACAGAUUUUAAGACAAUCAUAUUUUGUUCUCUAAAUAAAUUACGCU